AUGGCAGACAGCGAGAGCAACUCUAGCAACAUCGACGUUGCUGUUCAAGAGCAACUGCUUAACGCCCCAUCCGAGCGCAACAUAAGCAAACGAUUAGAAGCUGCUUCACUAUGGGCUAAGUUCACUGCUGAGCACCUCAUGCGACACUGUCCAUACACAGUUGCGUUUGACUGUAUCAACACAUCUCUCUGGGGUAUACCUGCACCAGAGGAUGCAGACGAAACACACGCAACAACCUGGGUUGCUAAGACUGUCCAUGACUACCAUGUAGGAAUGGCCUGGGAUGAGACUCUAUACUUCGACUACCAAUGGGACUUUGAAGGAUGGACAAGAGAGUUGUUCCAGAAGGUUGAGCAGGAGUCUACACAGGCAACCUUCGCGCUAGAGUAG